ACAACGAAAGUGGAGCGAGUCAAAAUUUGCCGUAUUGACAUUCACAGUUGACAGUUUCGGGACUUUUUAUCAACUGAACUGCUAAUUAAAUAUUUUGUUACAAAAAUUGAUUUUAAAACUAUAAAAAUUCGACAUGGGAGACAGAAUGGCGUAUUUGGAAAGUAUCGUUUCAAAAUUGGCGAAAUGGACACACUUUCCGGAAAGCAUCAACUUUGAUUUUCCUUCGGAAGACCCACUUUCGCCCGAAUACGAAUAUGAAGAAAUUAAUUCACAUUCUCGGCGACGAGAUAGACAAUCUCUUUCAUUUCCACAAGCCACAGACUCUGCCGAAUAUCCUGCUCCUAGUCCUCCAAAUGGGGUCCCAAUCAAGUCUGAGGUCAACUUCGAACAAGAAAUGGAGACCGAUUUUUUGAUUGAAACUGAAAGUGAAGAUACUUUUCAACUAGACUACGAUCCAGAUUAUUUACCACCUUCAACCUGCCAUUCUACACAAGAGAAAAAUAAUCAAAAGGCCAGAAAAAGCGAUAUCAAUCAGUCUGAGAAACAACGGAUAAAGUCAAAAAGGAAAACAACCCAAGACAGUGUUCGGGCGCUUCUCUCCAAGCCACUUGAUAAUUACGUUGAAGAUGGCCAAGAUGCUACCGGUUCACAAAAUCUUGUUAAACAACCCGGAUUCGAAAGUUUUCCACGAUUUCAAUUUUUAUUCGAAAACCAAUUUAACUACCUCGGUCAUGAAAAAAUGUCCAACAGAUUCUUCGCAACUUGCAAACGAUGCUCGGAAAUGGGUCGUAGUAAAUUCUACUCGUUUGACGUAAACAAUUUCAAAACCAAUGGAAAUCGGCAUUUCCAAUUGUCUCAUAAAGAUGUUGUAUUGGAGACUAAAAAAGAGAAUCCUGCCAUUCCAGAAUUGUCUACUUUCACUCAAGCUGGAUAUUCAAAAUCCGACCCUAUUCAAGCUUUGUUUGAUUCAAAUUUGCAAGAUCUGAUUUCAGUUGAUGGCCUGCCCUAUUCAUUUAUCAAUGGGUUGGGAUUUAGAAAUUUAAUACACGACCUUAACCCACGAUUGAUCCUACCAGACCGAGUGACACUCGCCAGACGCUUAAAUAACACGGUUAAUACUACUAUCAGACCAAAUUUUAAAACCCCAUUUAAGAAUGUCCUUGAGAAUAAUGUGCACGUGACUACAGUUAUUUGCACAACUAAGCAAGGUGACAAAAUAAUUGGGAUUAAGUGUCACUACAUACAAACAGUUGAAAAUCCCAAAAGUUGGACCCUGCUUUCAAAAGUACUCGCAGCCGAGGAGUUUAUGGACCAGUCAUCUGGAGAAAGUAUAGAGGACAAAUUUCAAAAAUCUCUUAGUACUUUUGGUAUUGAUAUCAAUCAGAUUGGAUAUCUUGUGACUGAUGGUAAAAACAACAUGGUAUACGAAUCCAUUAAUGAGAAGGACGAAACUAUUCAAAACGGGGAUAGCUUUUCGGAUAGACCAGAAAUGCACAUCGAAGAAGAUUCUUCCGAUAUAAGCAAUGGCUCAGACGAAGAAGAUGACGAAACCUUAGACUUUGAUAUAAUGGAUGACUCUGGCACAGACCGCAACAUAAAUAUCACUCUUGGAGAAAAAUUCCGGUUUUCUUGUUUUGCUCAUCGCUUUCAACUGGUCGUGAAGGAUGUCUUGGCAAAUGAAGGAAGGGAGAAGUAUGUUCUGAAUUGUGUAUGCAAUAUCGUGAAAUGUUUCAUGAGAUCAAGUCACUGGCGAAAACGAUUAAUAAAAGUAUUAGGCAAAGUACUUUUAAAACCAGCUCUUUCUUGGUGGAAUUACGUGUACUAUGUUUCGGAACGACUGACCCAGGAUAAUGCAUAUGAAGAGGUUUGCAACCUAAUUCACGAGGCAAGCACCGGUCCAAGAAAGCUGAAAAAAUUGUUGCCAAAUGUGGAGGCCAAACAGAACAUUGUAGAACUUUGCAAUCUUCUUAGACCCAUUUCUCAUGCAAUAAAUCAGCUUCAAGGGGAUGGAAUCACAUCGAGCUUAAUUUACUAUACUGUCGUCACUGCAUAUGAUGAAAUCGCAAAAACUCCAACCAAUCUGUUUACAUACAUGAAGUCCCAAUUACUGGACGGGUUGAAAGCCCGAUUUGAGGGAAGCCUGACGGACACAGUCGUCGUAUUAAGUGCAUUGCUGGACCAGCGGCAAAAACUUGACACCUUUACAUUCCAACCAGCAUCAUUUGGUACAGCAAGCCUUCAAACGCCCACAACUACCACAGUGACUGAAAUAUUGGGGAGUUUUUACGAAUCAGAGGAUAAAGAAGCUGCUGACGAGAUGCAACGCUAUCUACAAAUAGCUAGACAGCCCAACUCGGACCCCUUAGAAUUUUGGGCACAAAACGAAUCCAAUUUCCCAACUUUGUCAAAAUUAGCAAUAAGAUAUCUUGCCAUCCCUGCGUCGACAGGAGGCGCAGAUGCAUUCUCUCGACUUUUAUCUCUUGGCCGUGGAAGAAGAUCUUCUCUAACUCCGAUGUCCGUACAGAAUAUAUUGCUUCACAGAGAACAUCGACUCCCUAUUUUAAAUGCAAAAUUUAAAUUAAAAAACGUGUUGGAGAAACGUGUAAAGAAACCCGGCAGAAAAUCCAACAAAAGACUGAAGUCGGAUGAAACAGCUUAGGUUGAAAUUGUCACUAUGUCGAAUAGUUUUAUGACUGAAUUUAUACAUUUCUUACUCAGGUACGUAUCUAUUAUGUACGUAACCCAUACAUUCCCAACGGAAUUAGAUAUGUAAUUUUCAUAAAUAGAAGAAGUCAAACGAAGUAAUAAUAAAUAAAUGAUAUGUACAUACAUAAAUGAAACUAACA